GGUUGUCACAGAGAACAAAGGAGAGGAUAACGGCGUAUGGUCUGAACACGUUGCAACCUAACAGCCUCCAUACCCUCCUCUCUGUGUGCAUGUGGAGCAGAGAUCCAGGCAAAGCUACCUAAUGCUCUGUGCAGUGUGAUAGCCCAAUUUCAAGCAUGAAUCAGAGGAACCCUUAGCCACUCCAGGCUGGGGAAGCCUAGGCUCUUUCCUCGCUCGUGAGAGUAUCUCUCCCCUCUGCCGGCAAAGUACCAUACAGUUGGAGCUCUGUGUGAGUGCGUGUUCAGGGGCGCACACAGAAGGGAGCAUCGCCCGGGUGAUCUGGAGCUUUGCGCGGACUAGGCUCCUGCUCCUGCCGCUGACGGAGCCAGCAGCUGGGUCUACUGGAGUUCGCGGGGCACCACUGAUUUUUGUAUUUUUUUUGUUCGUUACAUUUUAUGUUGUCAAAAGCCAUGAUGUUGCGCUAUACUGCAAACCUGCUGGUGGCUGGAUUGUUCUUCUUGGGAUUUUUGCACAGUUUUGAGGUGAUUCUUCCUGCCAGAGCUAUUGACGCCCCGAAGACGUGCAGCCCGAAGCAGUUUGUGUGUAAGGAUCAGGUGACCUGCAUCUCCAAGGGCUGGAGAUGCGAUGGCGAGAAGGACUGUCCCGAUGGCUCGGACGAGGGCUCGGACGUCUGUCCUCACAUCCGGGUGUCCAAGUGUCCCCCCAAUGAGUAUCAGUGCCAGGGGACGGAGGUGUGUAUUCACAUGAGCAAACUGUGUAACGGCGUCCCAGACUGCACUGAUGGAGGAGACGAGGGACCACACUGCAGAGAGCAAAACUGCACUGCGUGUCCAGACAGCUGUGCGAUGACAAGAACUGGGGCUGUGUGCUACUGCAAGGCUGGAUAUGAGAUCAGUGAAGAUGGAAAGACAUGCAAAGACUUUGAUGAGUGCACCCUGUACGGCACGUGCAGUCAGGCGUGCGCCAACACAGACGGCUCCUACACCUGCUCCUGCGUGGAGGGAUACCUGCCGCAGCCCGACAACCGCUCCUGCAAGGCCAAGAACGUCCCAGUCGAGCGGCCGGCCGUCCUGCUCAUCGCCAACUCGCAGAACAUCCAGGCCACGUCGCUGACGGGCACCAACGCCCACAGCCUGCCCUUCACCGGCACCAAGCAGACCACCGCCAUGGACUUCCUGUACUCGCUGGAGUCGGUCUGCUGGAUCCACGUGGGCGACGCCCCCGCCGGCACCCAGCUCAAGUGCGCCCGCAUCCCCAACCUGAAGAACGUGGUCGAGGAGAGGGCCAUCAACAUCUCCCUCAGCCUGCACAAUGUGGAGCAGAUGGCCAUUGACUGGCUGACAGGAAACUUCUACUUUGUGGACGAUGUGGAUGACCGGGUGUUUGUGUGUGACAAAGACGGGGCCACCUGCGUCACCCUGCUGGACCAGGAGCUGUACAACCCCAAAGGCAUCGCACUGGACCCCAGCAUGGGGAAGGUCUUUUUCACGGACUAUGGUCAGAUCCCCAAAGUGGAGCGCUGUGACAUGGAUGGCCAGAACCGCACCAAGCUGGUGGACAGCAAGAUCGUCUUCCCCCACGGCAUCACGCUGGACUUGGUCAGUCGACUGGUCUACUGGGCGGACGCCUACCUGGACUACAUCGAGGUGGUGGACUACGAGGGCAAGAACCGCCAAACCAUCAUCCAGGGCCUGUUGAUUGAACACCUGUAUGGCCUAACGGUGUUUGAGAACUACCUGUACGCCACCAACUCGGACAACGCCAACAUGCAGCCCAAGACCAGCGUCAUUCGCAUCAACCGCUUCAACAGCUCCGACUACCAGGUGGUGACGCGGGUGGACAAGGGAGGCGCCCUGCACGUCUACCACCAGAGGAGGCAGCCCCCAGUGCGGAGUCACGCGUGCGAGCUGGACCCGAACGGGAAGGCGGGCGGCUGCUCGGACAUCUGCCUGCUGGGGAACAGCCACAAGACGCGCACCUGCCGCUGCCGCUCCGGCUUCAGUCUGGGCAGCGACGGCAAAUCCUGCAAGAAGCCAGAGCACGAGCUCUUCCUGGUCUACGGAAAGGGUCGCCCGGGGGUCAUCCGCGGGAUGGACAUGAAUGCCAAGGUGCCGGACGAGUACAUGAUCCCCAUCGAGAACCUGAUGAACCCGCGGGCCCUGGACUUCCACGCCGCCAGCGAGUUCAUCUACUUCGCCGACGCCACCAGCUACAUCAUCGGCCGGCAGAAGAUCGACGGCACGGAGAGGGACACCAUCGUCAAGGAAGGGAUCCACACGGUGGAGGGCAUCGCGGUGGACUGGAUGGCCGAUAACCUGUACUGGACUGACGACGGGCCCAAGAAGACCAUCAGCGUGGCUCGGCUGGAGAAGGCCUCCCAGACCCGGAAGACGCUCAUCGAGGGGAAGAUGACGCACCCACGAGCCAUCGUGGUGGACCCCCUGCACGGGUGGAUGUACUGGACUGACUGGGAGGAGGACCCGAAGGCGAGCAAGCGUGGCAAGAUCGAGAAGGCCUGGAUGGACGGCACGAACCGCGACGUCCUGCUGUCCUCCAAGACGGUGCUGUGGCCCAACGGCCUCAGCCUGGACGUGCCCAACGGCAUCCUGUACUGGGUGGACGCCUACUAUGACCGCAUCGAGAUGGUCCUCCUCAACACCACCGAGCGCAAGACUGUGUACGAGGGGCAGGAGAUGAACCACGCUUUUGGCCUGUGCCACUACAACAACUUCUUGUUCUGGAACGAGUACCGCAAUGGCCUCAUCUACAAGCUGGACCAGACCACCAAGACAGUGACCCUACUCCGCAACGAGAGGCCGCCCAUUUUUGAGAUCCGCAUGUACGACGCCCAGCAGCAGCAAGGCUCUAACAUGUGUCGCGUGCACAACGGCGGCUGCAGUAGCCUGUGUCUGGCCACUCCAGAGGGACGCACCUGCGCCUGUGCUGAGGACCAGCUCCUGGACGCUGCAGACAACACCAGCUGCAAGGCCAACCCGUCCUACAUCCCACCACCACAGUGUCAGAAAGGGGAGUUUGCCUGCAAGAACAACCGCUGCAUCCAGGAACGCUGGAAAUGCGAUGGUGAUAACGACUGUCUGGACAACAGCGAUGAGGCCCCUGAACUCUGCCAUCAGCACACCUGCCCUGCUGAUCGCUUCAAGUGCCAGAACAACCGCUGCAUCCCGCUGCGCUGGCUCUGUGACGGAGACAACGACUGCGGCAACGACGAGGAUGAGUCAAACUCCACCUGCUCAGCUCGAACAUGCCCGCCCAACCAGUACUCCUGCGCCAGCGGCCGCUGCAUCCCGCUCUCCUGGACGUGCGACCUGGACGACGACUGUGGGGACCGCUCCGACGAGCCCGCCUCGUGUGCCUACCCUACCUGCUUCCCUCUCACUCAGUUCACCUGUGACAACGGCCGCUGCAUCAACAUCAACUGGCGCUGUGACAAUGAUAACGACUGCGGGGACAACAGUGACGAGGCCGGCUGCAGCCACUCCUGCUCCAGCUCGCAGUUCAAGUGCAACAGCGGACGCUGCAUCCCCGACUACUGGACCUGCGACGGGGACAACGACUGCGGCGACUACAGCGACGAGACCCACGCCAACUGCACCAAUCAGGCCACUCGUCCGCCCGGCGGCUGUCACACGGAUGAGUACCAGUGUCGUAUGGACGGCCUGUGUAUCCCCAUGCGCUGGCGCUGCGACGGCGACACCGACUGCAUGGACCUGAGCGACGAGAAGAACUGCGAUGGCGUCACGCACAUGUGCGACCCCGCCGUCAAGUUUGGCUGCAGGGACUCCGCGCGUUGCAUCAGUAAGGCCUGGGUGUGCGACGGGGACAGCGACUGCGAGGACAACUCGGACGAGGACAACUGCGAGUCGCUCAUGUGCAAGAUGUCACACCGCGUGUGCGCCAACGACUCCAGCAUCUGCCUGCCCAACGAGCGGCUGUGCGACGGGAACGUGGACUGCCCCGACGGCUCCGACGAGAAGCUCUGCGACCUGUGCCAGCUCUUCAAUGGCGGCUGCAGCCACAACUGCACGGUGGCUCCCGGCGAGGGCAUCCUGUGCUCGUGCCCGCUGGGCAUGGAGCUGGGCAACGACAACAAGACGUGCCAGAUGCAGGGCUUCUGCGCCAAGCACCUCAAGUGCAGCCAGCGCUGCUCGCAGGACAAGUUCAGCGUCAAGUGCUCCUGCUACGAGGGCUGGGUCCUGGAACCGGACAAGGAGAGCUGCAAGAGUACCGAUCCUUUCAAGCCCUUCAUCAUCUUCUCCAACCGCCACGAGAUCCGGCGCAUCGACCUGCACAAGGGCGAGUUCAGCGUGCUGGUGCCGGGCCUGCGGAACACCAUCGCCCUGGACUUCCACCUGAAGGAGAACACCCUCUACUGGACCGACGUGGUGGAGGACAAGAUCUACCGCGGCAAGCUGUCCGACAACGGAGCCCUGACCAGUUUUGAUGUGGUCAUCCAGUACGGUCUGGCCACUCCCGAGGGCCUUGCGGUGGACUGGAUCGCGGGGAACAUCUACUGGGUGGAGAGCAACCUGGACCAGAUCGAGGUGGCCAAGCUCAACGGCAGCAUGAGGACCACCCUGCUGGCCGGAGAGGUGGAGCACCCCAGGGCCAUCGCCCUCGACCCCCGCGAAGGUAUCCUCUUCUGGACGGACUGGGACGCUAGUAUGCCACGGAUUGAGGCAGCAUCCAUGAGUGGUGAGGGCCGGCGCUUGGUCCACAAGGAGACAGGAAACGGUGGUUGGCCCAACGGCCUCACCGUCGACUACCUGGAGCGCCGCAUCCUGUGGAUCGAUGCCAGGUCCGAUGCCAUUUACUCGGCCAAGUACGACGGUUCGGGGCUGAUCGAGGUGCUGCGGGGCCACGAGUACCUGUCGCACCCGUUCGCCGUCACCAUGUACGGGGGAGAGGUCUACUGGACCGACUGGCGCACCAACACGCUGGCCAAGGCCAACAAGUGGACGGGCAACAACGUGACGGUGGUGCAGAGGACCAACACGCAGCCCUUCGACCUGCAGGUGUACCACCCGUCCAGACAGCCCCAGGCCCCUAACCCAUGUGCUGGUAAUGACGGACUGGGACCGUGCUCCCACCUCUGCCUGAUCAACUACAACCAGACUUUCGCCUGCGCCUGUCCCCACCUGAUGCGCCUGGGACCAGACAGACACACCUGCUUCGAGUCUCGCCAGUUCCUGCUGUACGCGCGGCAGAUCGAGAUCCGCGGCGUGGACAUCUACAACCCCUACUACAACUACAUCAUCUCCUUCACCGUGCCGGACAUCGACAACGUCACCGUGGUGGACUACGACGCCCUGGAGCAGCGCAUCUACUGGUCGGACGUCCGCACGCAGACCAUCAAGCGCGCCUUCAUCAACGGCACCGGCGUGGAGACCGUGGUGUCGGCCGACCUGCCCAAUGCCCACGGCCUGGCGGUGGACUGGGUCUCUCGGAACCUUUUCUGGACCAGCUACGACGCCAACAAGAAGCAGAUCAACGUGGCCCGUCUGGACGGCUCGUUCAAGAACGCGGUGAUCCAGGGCCUGGACAAGCCUCACUGCCUGGUGCUGCACCCCAUUCUAGGAAAGCUCUACUGGACGGACGGAGACAACAUCAGCAUGGCAAACACAGACGGUAGCAACCGCAGUGUCCUCUUCACCAAUCAGAAAGCCCCAGUGGGUCUAUCUAUUGACUUUCAUGCGGAGCACCUGUACUGGGUGAGCACGGGCAACAACACCAUCAACCGCUGCAAGCUGGACGGCUCCGACUUCGAGGUGCUGGAGGGCAUGAAGGGCAAACUUAGCAAGGCCUCCGCCCUCGCCAUCAUGGGUGAUAAGCUGUGGUGGGCAGAUCAAGGCACUGAACAGAUAGGCACGUGUGACAAGAGUGACGGAGGAAACUGGAAGGUCCUCCGCAACAACACCUCCCCAAUGAUGCACAUGAAGAUCUACAAUGAGACCAUACAGACAGGUUCAAACAUGUGCAGUAACAACAAUGGUGACUGCUCCCAGCUAUGCCUCCCCACCUCCCCCACCACCAGAGCCUGCAUGUGCACUGCCGGCUACAGCCUCAAGAGCGGCCAGCAGUCAUGUGAAGGCGUGGGCUCCUUCCUGCUGUACUCGGUGCACGAGGGCAUCCGUGGCAUCCCGCUGGACCCCGCGGACAAGUCCGACGCUCUCGUGCCCGUGUCGGGGACCUCGCUCGCCGUCGGCAUCGACUUCCACGCCGAGAACGACACCAUCUACUGGGUGGACAUGGGCCUGAGCACCAUCAGCAGGGCCAAGAGGGACCAGACGUGGAGGGAGGACGUGGUCACCAACGGCAUCGGCCGCGUGGAGGGCAUCGCUGUGGACUGGAUAGCAGGCAACAUCUACUGGACGGACCAGGGCUUUGAUGUGAUCGAGGUGGCCCGCCUCAACGGCUCCUUCCGCUAUGUGGUCAUCUCCCAGGGGCUGGACAAGCCCCGGGCCAUCACCGUCCACCCAGAGAAAGGGUACCUUUUCUGGACUGAAUGGGGUCAGUACCCGCGUAUUGAGAGGUCUCGUCUGGACGGCACACAGAGGGCAGUUCUGGUCAAUGUCAGCAUCAGCUGGCCGAACGGCAUCUCCAUCGACUACCAGGACGGUCUGCUGUACUGGUGUGACGCUCGCACGGACAAAAUCGAGCGCAUCAACCUGGAGACCGGAGAGAACCGGGAGGUGGUGCUCAACAGCAACAACAUGGACAUGUUCUCCGUGUCUGUGUUUGAGAGCUACAUCUACUGGAGCGACAGGACCCAUGCCAACGGCUCCAUUAAGAGAGGAAACAAAGACAACGCCACGGAGUCCAUCUCCCUGAGGACUGGCAUCGGUGUGCAGCUCAAAGACAUCAAGGUCUUCAACCGCGCCAGGCAGCAGGGAACCAACGUGUGCAAAGACAACAACGGCGGGUGCCAGCAGCUCUGCCUUUUCCGCGGCAACGGGCAGCGCACCUGUGCCUGCGCCCACGGCAUGCUGGCGGAGGACGGCAGCAGCUGCCGCGACUACGACGGCUACCUGCUCUACUCGGAGCGGACCAUCCUGAAGAGCGUGCACCUGUCGGACGAGAACAACCUCAACGCGCCCAUCAAGCCGUUCGAGGACCCCGACCACAUGAAGAACGUCAUCGCGCUGACCUUCGACUACCGGGGCGGCGGCGGCAAGGGCGCCAACCGCGUCUUCUUCAGCGACAUCCACUUCGGCAACAUCCAGCAGAUCAACGACGACGGCUCCGACCGCAAGACCGUGGUGGACAACGUGGGGUCAGUGGAGGGCUUGGCGUAUCACCGCGCGUGGGACACGCUGUACUGGACCAGCUACACCACCUCCACCAUCACCCGCCACACCGUGGACCAGAACCGCAACGGGGCCUUCGACCGCGAGGUGGUGGUCACCAUGUCCGGAGACGACCACCCCAGAGCCUUCGCCCUCGACGAGUGCCAGAAUCUGAUGUUCUGGACGAACUGGAACGAGCAGUCGCCCUGCAUCAUGCGUUCCACGCUGUCUGGCGCCAAUAUCCUGGUGAUCAUCGCCCACGACAUCCGCACGCCCAACGGCCUGGCCAUCGACCACCGCGCCGAGAAGCUCUACUUCAGCGACGCCACGCUCGACAAGAUCGAGCGCUGCGAAUACGACGGCAGUCAUCGCUACGUGGUUCUGAAGAAUGAGCCAGUGCACCCGUUCGGGCUGGCCGUGUACGGAGACUACAUCUUCUGGACCGACUGGGUCCGGCGCUCGGUCCUCAGGGCUGACAAGUAUGUGGGCGGCGACAUGAAGGUCCUGCGUGCCGACAUCCCCCAGCAGCCAAUGGGAAUCGUCGCUGUGGCCAACGACACCAAUAGCUGUGAAUUCUCUCCGUGCCGUGUGAACAAUGGCGGCUGUCAGGACCUCUGCAUGCUGUCCUCUGAGGGACGGGUCAACUGCAGUUGCCGUGGAGACCGAAAGCUUCUGGAGGACAACACCUGUAUCUCCUUGAAUGGAACCUGUGGGGGCAUCGAUGACUUUGAGUGCGGGAAUGGAGACUGCAUCAACUACAAACUCACCUGCGAUGGCACAGCCCACUGCAAGGACAAGUCUGAUGAGAAGCAGUCGUAUUGCACUAACCGUGCGUGUAAGAAGGGCUUCAGGAAGUGUGUGAACGGCCGCUGUAUCCAACACUCCUCUUGGUGCAACAGCCAGGACGACUGCGGAGACAAUUCAGACGAACUGUUUUGCAAUGCCACCCUGUGCUCGGCCGAUCAGUUCCAGUGUAGAGACGGCAGCUGCAUCACCAACACGAGCCGCUGUAACCAGCGAGUGGACUGUGAGGACGCGUCUGACGAGAUGAACUGCACUGCCACCGACUGCAGCAGCUACUUCCGGCUGGGGGUGAAGGGCGUGACCUUCCAGCACUGUGAGUACACCUCGCUCUGCUACGCCCCCUCCUGGCGCUGCGACGGAGCCAACGACUGCGGCGACUUCUCCGACGAGAGGAACUGCCCAGAGAAGAAGAAGGAGAAGUGUCCGUCCAACUUCUUCGCCUGUCCGAGCGGCCGCUGUAUCCCUAUGAGCUGGACCUGCGACAAGGAGAACGACUGUGAGAAUGGCGCCGACGAGGCCAACUGCUACAAGUCCUGCACAGACUCUCGCUUCGAGUGUGCCAACCAUCGCUGCAUCUCCACCAGCUGGGUGUGUGAUGGAGCAGACGACUGCGGUGACGGGUCUGACGAGGGCAACGUCUGCAAGAACACCACGUGCAGCCCAGAGUCGUUCAAGUGCCCCGGCUCCAACAAGUGCAUCUCCCACCGCUGGCUGUGUGACGGGGACAGAGACUGCCCUGAUGGGGGCGACGAGAGCGUGCUGGCUGGAUGUGUGUUCAACAACACAUGUGAAGCCACGGAGUUCAUGUGCCAAAACAGGCAGUGUAUCCCCCGACACUUCAUGUGUGACCAUGACAACGAUUGUGAUGACGGAUCAGACGAGUCUCCAGAGUGUGAGUACCCUACCUGCAAGCCCAACGAGUUCCGCUGUGCCAAUGGCCGCUGCCUCAUCCAGGCAGGGUGGGAGUGCGACGGCGAGUUCGACUGCCAUGACCACUCGGACGAAGCGCCCAAAAACCCCCGCUGCAACGGCCCAGAGAAGAAGUGCAACGACACGGCCUACAUGUGCACCAACCGCAACUGCAUCAACGAGACGCUGCUGUGCAACCACAACGACGACUGCGGCGACGGCUCCGACGAGCUCAACUGCUUCGUCAACGAGUGCAUCAACAGCAAGCUGAGCGGCUGCAGCCAACUCUGCGAAGACCUGAAGAUUGGCUUCAAGUGCAGGUGUCACCCUGGCUUCCGGCUGAAGGACGAUGGGAAGACGUGUGUGGACAUCGACGAGUGCACGACCAGCUACCCCUGCACCCAGCACUGCAUCAACACCCACGGCAGCUUCCACUGUGUGUGCACGGAGGGCUUCGAGCUCAGGCCUGACGACCUCACCAUCUGCAAGUCCACCUCAGACAUAGAGCCUUACCUCAUCUUUGCCAACCGAUACUACCUGAGGAAGCUCAACCUGGAUGGAACCAACUACACACUGAUUAGACAGGGCUUGAACAACGCAGUGGCUCUGGACUUUGACUACAGGCAGCAGAUGAUCUACUGGACAGACGUGACCACGCAGGGCAGUAUGAUCAGACGCAUGCACCUCAACGGCAGCGACGUGCAGGUCCUUCACCGUACGUCUCUUAGCAACCCUGACGGGCUGGCUGUUGAUUGGGUGGGAGGAAACCUCUACUGGUGUGACAAGGGGCGGGACACCAUCGAGGUGUCCAAGCUGAACGGAGCGUACCGCACGAUCCUGGUCAACACGGGUCUGAGAGAGCCGCGCGCUGUGGCUGUGGACGUGCGCAACGGGUACUUGUACUGGUCCGACUGGGGUGAUAACCCCCACAUCGGGCGGAUUGGCAUGGACGGCAGCAACCGCAGCGUGAUCGUUCAGGACCGCAUCACCUGGCCCAACGGGCUCACGCUCGACUUCAUCAACGACCGCAUCUACUGGGCCGACGCCCGCGAGGACUACAUCGAGUUCGCCAGCCUGGACGGCACCAACAGGCACACAGUUCUUGGGCAGGACAUCCCCCACAUCUUUGCCAUGACCCUGUUUGAGGAGUACAUCUACUGGACCGACUGGGAGACCAAGUCCAUCAACCGCGCGCAUAAGACCCAGGGCACCAACAAGACCAUGCUGAUCAGCACCCUCCACCGGCCCAUGGACAUCCACAUCUACCAUCCCUACAGGCAACCGGAUGUGAGGAACCACCCGUGCCAGGAGGACAAUGGCGGCUGCAGUAACCUGUGUCUGCUGUCUCCUGGCGGUGGCCACAAGUGCGCCUGCCCCACCAACUUCUACCUGGCCGCCGACGGACGCCGCUGCAUGUCCAACUGCACCGCCAGCCAGUUUGUGUGCAAGAAUGAUAAGUGCAUCCCAUUCUGGUGGCGUUGUGAUACAGAGGAUGACUGCGGCGACAACUCAGACGAGCCAACCGACUGUCCUCAGUUCAAGUGUCGGCCAGGCCAGUUCCAGUGUGGCACGGGCAUCUGCACCAACCCGGCUUACAUCUGUGACGGAGACAACGACUGCCAGGACAACUCAGACGAGGCCAACUGCGAUAUUCACGUGUGUCUGCCCAGCCAGUUCAAGUGCACACACCCAAGCCGCUGCAUCCCCGGAAUCUUCCGCUGCAAUGGACAGAACAACUGUGGACAAGGAGAAGACGAGAAGGAUUGUCCGGAGGUCACCUGCGCUCCUAACCAGUUCCAGUGCACCAUCUCUAAGCGCUGUAUCCCACGCGUGUGGGUGUGCGACCGCGACACAGACUGCGUGGAUGGCUCUGACGAACCUGCCAACUGCACUCAGAUGACGUGUGGUGUGGAUGAAUUCCGCUGUAAGGAGUCAGGUCGCUGCAUCCCAGCACGCUGGAAAUGCGACGGAGAGGACGACUGUGGAGACGCAUCAGACGAACCCAAAGAGGAGUGUGAUGAGAGGACGUGUGAGCCAUAUCAGUUCCGCUGUAAGAACAACCGCUGUGUACCUGGGCGCUGGCAGUGUGACUAUGACAACGACUGCGGAGACAACUCUGAUGAGGACAACUGUGUUCCUCGUAAGUGCUCUGAGAGUGAGUUUUCCUGCACCAACGGUCGCUGCAUCGCUGGCCGCUGGAAGUGUGAUGGCGACCAUGACUGUGCUGACGGAUCAGAUGAGGAUGGCUGUGAAGUGAAGUGUGAUAGCGACCAGUUCAAGUGUAAGAACAGCCACUGCAUCCCCAUCCGCUGGAGGUGUGAUGCCGACCCAGACUGCAUGGAUGGCAGCGACGAGGAAAGCUGUGACAGUGGAGUGGGUCGACACUGCCCCCUGGAUGAGUUCCAGUGCAAUAACACCCUGUGUAAGCCUCUGGGCUGGCACUGUGACGGAGAGGACGACUGUGGAGACAACUCAGACGAGAACCCAGACGAGUGCAAGAGGUUCCAGUGUCCUCCAACCAGACAGUUCCGUUGUCAUAACAACCGUGUGUGCCUGCCCGUUGCCAAGCAGUGCGACGGCGUGGACAACUGCGGCGACAACAGCGACGAGGUCAACUGCUAUCCUCCGCCUCCACCGGUGUGUGAGAAGGAUGAGUUCAGGUGCAGUAAUGGCCGCUGCCUCAGUCCGACCCUUGUGUGCAACUCCUUCAACGACUGCGAGGACUACGGCUCAGACGAGACCAGCUGCGACAAGAAAGAUGUGUCCUCUAAGUGUGGUCAUGAGUGCAGUGGCAGUGAUGAGACUCACUGUGUGGUCAACGGCACACAGUCCUUCUGCGCUUGCAAACCAGGCUUCCGCAGGGUUGGACACUACUCCUGCGAAGAUAAAAACGAGUGCAGUCAGUUUGGCAUCUGCUCCCACAUGUGCAACAACACCAAGGGCUCCUUCAAGUGCAGUUGCCACAAGCACUUCAUGCGCGUCAAUGACACCUGCAAAGCUGACACCAUCUCGAGCGUGGGCAAAGCCCUCUACAUCGCCGACGACAACGAGAUCCGCAGCCUGAACCUGGGCUCGCCGUGGCUGGUGUACGCGCAGACGUUCCAGGGCGACGCGUCGGUGCGCAUCGACGCCAUGGACCUGCACGUCAAGAACAACCACAUCUACUGGACCAACUGGCACACGGGCCGCAUCUCCUCCUACGAGCUGCCCCCGCAGCCCAGCACCACCGUCGCCGCACGCACCAAGCGCCAGGCCGAGCCCCGGCUCACACACCUGGAGAUCACUGGGCUCAAGACGCCCAGAGGCAUCGCCGUGGACUGGGUGGCCGGCAACAUCUACUGGACCGACUCGGGCCGGGACGUCAUCGAAGUGGCCCAGCUCAACGGGCACCACCGCAAGACCCUCAUCUCGGGCAUGAUCGACGAGCCCUAUGCCAUCGUGGUUGACCCCCCGAGAGGUAAAAUGUACUGGGCUGACCGGGGCAACCACCCCAAGAUUGAGACAGCAGCCAUGGACGGCACCAUGAGGGAGACACUUGUGCACGAGAAUAUCCAGUGGCCCACGGGUCUUGCCGUGGACUACUUUAAUGAGCGACUGUACUGGGCGGAUGCCAAGCUCUCAGUGAUUGGCAGUGUGCGACUCAAUGGCAGUGACCCUGUCAUUGCCGUCUCCAGCAUCAAGAACAUGCUCCACCAUCCGUUCAGCAUUGAUGUCUUUGAGGACUACAUCUACGGGGUGACCUACAUCAAUAACCUCGUCUUCCGCGUCAACAAGUUUGGCAAAGGCCCCGUAGAGCACCUGACCACCAGCAUGAACCACGCCACCGACAUCGCACUGUACCAUCGCUACAAGCAGCCGGAGAUGCCGAACCCAUGUGACAGGAAGAAGUGUGAGUGGCUGUGCCUGCUGAGCCCCAGCGGCCCGGUGUGCACCUGCCCCAACGGACGCGUGCUGCACAACUCCACCUGCGUGGAGAUGCCCACACCCACGCUAUCUCCUGUUGCUCCUCCCAGUGGACCAUGUAAUGUGCAGUGUCAGAACGGAGGCAGCUGCUUCCUGAAUGCCCGCAAGCAGCCCAAGUGCCGCUGCCAGCCCAACUACGGAGGAGAGCGCUGUGAGAUCGACCAGUGCAGAGACUACUGCCAGAACGGAGGCACAUGCACCGCCUCACCCACAGGUUCCCCCACCUGUCGAUGUCCCACAGGCUUCACCGGCCCCAGCUGCAACCUGCGCACCUGCCAGGACUACUGCCAGAACGGCGGCAACUGCACUGUUAACCGCGGCAACCAGCCUGUGUGCCGCUGCCCCAGCGACUUCCUGGGAGACCAAUGCCAGUACCGUCAGUGCGAUGGCUUUUGCGAUCAUGACGGUAUGUGUUUGGAGUCACGGGAUAGCUCUCGUCAUUGCCGCUGCCCUCCGCGUUACCUGGGCAACAUCUGCGAGGUCGACAAGUGCCACUACUGCCGCGAUGGGAAGUGUAUCCCCAAGAACUCCUACCAGCCCCACGGAGACGUCACAUGCAGUUGCACCAAUGGAAGGACUCAGCCCAGCUGCUAUACUUGUGAUGAAUACUGUGCUAAUGGUCAAUGCACCUUCAACCCACAUACACAGCUGCCAGAGUGCAAGUGCUCCUCUGGUUGGGAGGGUCAUCGCUGUGAGGCGCCCACUUCUAAUGUGAAUGCUGAGACUGGAGGCCGCACAGCCUCUAUAGUGAUUCCAGUGAUAUUAUUGUUGCUGCUGUUGUUGGUUGCGGGUGGAGCGGCAUUCUGGUACAGGAAGAGAAUGAGUGGGGCUAAAGGCUUCCAGCACCAGAGGAUGACCAACGGAGCCAUGAACGUUGAGAUUGGGAACCCAGCGUACAAGAUCUACGAGGGCGAGCCGGACGACGAUGUCGGAGAGCUGCUGGACUCUGACUUCACAUUAGACCCAGACAAGCCCACUAACUUCACCAACCCUGUGUAUGCCACCCUGUACAUGGGCGCGCAUAACAGCAGAAACUCGCUGGCCAGCACAGACGAGAAGAAGGAGCUUCUGUCGCGGGGGGAUGAGGAGCCCCUGGUGGACCCACUGACAUAGACUGUCCAUUGGACCAGGCCGUACCAUUCAGAGAAACACCCCCCUAUUGCCUUUUAAAGAAAGAAGAGAAUACGAGAGGAAGAAAAUCAACGGAAAAAAAUUGUGAACACUGUAUAAAAUGUACAAAAUGAAGGACUACUUUUGUAUGUGAUUGCAGUAUUAUAUUUUGUUCUUUUACAAUUCUUCAACGUGAAACGAACAAGGAAAAAACAUUUUCUAUGAGAUUUCUUUUUCUUUAUUUUGGUCCCCUACCUUACACCUUAAUAGCCACUACCUCUGUGCAAAAUGGAACCGAAAAAUUAGAAAAAAAAAUUACAUCGGAACAAUUUUAAUUUUUUAUUUUUGUAUGACGUGUAUAGACAAAAAGAAAUUACACCGUUCCAUUUCAAUAGUGCCAACUCUGUUUUCUGUGUGAGUUAGUAGAAGAGGGUACACUCUGUCUUUAGCUCGCAGUCAGGAGCAAUCUUGUCUUGAAAACAGUAUUUUAUCUUCCACCUGUCGUUAGGGCCAACCGUGGUGAGUUCAUGUACAGCACAUAAUAAAUGUCAGUUCCUGAUACGGGACUGAAUUAGUUCCCUUUUAAUUUCAUAGAAGUAUAUGUUUAAAAAUGAUUGUGUUCUCCUCCUUGCACAGACUUUGUUUUAUUUUGUUGUUUUUUCUUUCUUUUCGGUGUAGGUUAUAUGCCGUAAAAAUAGAUGUAAGCAGGAAAGUAUACACAUUUCUUUUAUCAUAGCUUGAAUGUCCUAGAGGCUUACAGUGACAUGAUCGUAAUGUAGUCAGGAGUUGUGUCGAAGCAAAUGGGAUUACGAGUGAAUGGGUGAAGGAACGUGUCAGUAUGUGGAACGUCGAGAGGGCAAACUGCGGUGCAGUGAAUAGAAGCCCCUUCUGUGUCCGGCUGGAGUCUCCCGAGGCCAGCGGCUUUGGCGGAAGGGACAGCGCCACACGGUGGUGAGGAUGUGGAUGUGUGCUCGCUCAGUUACGCGCAUUAGUGCAACUUCAGAGGGAGGACCACAGCAGAGGGGUCCGGGGGAGGAGAGGCGGUUUCGUCGUUUUGUUUUAUUUCUUCAAGUUCAAUGUGUGUCCGUGCUGCGUUCGGCUCUGCUUUGGUUUCUCUGUAAAGUCCAGUGAUGAUACAUGCGUGUUCUCCACUUAAACAUGAGCUGUACAAUGUCUCUUUUUUAUAGUAACAGAUUUGUUCGUUCUCUGCGCUAGCAGUGUUUUCUACAACAGGUCAGAGUAAACUGCACAUUUUCCAUCAUGUAGAUGGUUCAAGUAGCCUUUCUUUGUUUUCCCUUUUAUUGUUGUUGUCGCUCUUCGCCUAAGAGCUAAUGCCGUUAUUCACUCAUUUUUUGAUUCCUGCUUUAGCUCAGCUGCUGGUCUGAGACGCUGCUUCUGUUGGAAGGUGAUCAGCCAUAUUUUAAUGCAUGUUCAAUACAAACAAACAAAUAAGCAAACAUACUGUAUGUAGAAUAACAAAUCUUUUUAACCUACUUGUCCCGCAGUCAAGCAAGGAUGCUUCUUCAGUUCAGCUCUGGCUUCUGUUUUUUGUUUUGUUAUCAAUUCAGAAAAAAAUGAGUACAAUCAUGUUACUUUAAGAUAUGUGCAAAAUUGUACAUGCAUUUUCUUUAAGGUUUUGAUCAGAUUUUGUUCAGUUUUAAUGAAAAGUACACAUAGCUUUUAUAGUACAGAAUGCAUGGAGGCUCAAACUUUCUUCUGGAAAGAGAAUAAUGUUUUAAUUUUUUGCUGGAGUACUUUACAAACUAAAUAACAGAUAUUGUUAUAAAUAAAACGUUAAAAAUC